AUGAUGGAACGGGCGAUGGAGCAAAUCAACGUACAGCUCAACCGGUUGACCCGGUCUCUCCGCCGGGCCAGGACCGUGGAACUUCCGGAAGACAAUGAGACUGCGGUGUACACACUUAUGCCAAUGGUCAUGGCUGACCAGCACAGGUCAGUGUCAGAGUUGCUGCUCAACUCCAAGUUUGAUGUGAACUACGCUUUUGGACGAGUGAAGAGGAGUCUGCUGCACAUAGCUGCCAACUGUGGGUCGGUGGAGUGUCUGGUCCUGCUGCUGAAGAGGGGAGCCAACCCAAACUAUCAGGACAUCUCUGGUUGUACCCCUCUUCACCUUGCUGCUAGGAAUGGACAGAAGAAGUGUAUGGGCAAACUGCUGGAAUAUAAUGCUGAUGUCAAUAUCUGCAACAAUGAGGGACUGACUGCUAUCCACUGGUUAGCAGUCAAUGGGCGAACAGAACUCCUGCAUGAUCUGGUCCAGCAUGUGUCCAACGUGGACGUUGAGGAUGCCAUGGGCCAGACAGCCCUACAUGUAGCCUGUCAGAAUGGACACAAAACAACAGUGCUUUGUCUUCUGGACAGUGGAGCUGACAUCAACCGACCAAACGUCUCUGGCGCAACACCUCUUUACUUUGCAUGCAGCCAUGGCCAGAGAGACACAGCCCAGAUCCUUCUGUCUCGAGGUGCUAAGUACAUUGCUGACAAGAAUGGAAUCACUCCACUGGAUGUCUGUGUGCAGGGAGGAUAUGGGGAGACCUGUGAGAUUCUCAUCCAGCACCAUAGCAGGCUGUUCUUGACUCUUAUCCAGAUGACGCAGAAUGAUGACAUUAAAGAGAACAUGCUUAGGCAGGUUCUGGAGCAUGUGUCUCAGCAGAGUGAUAGCCAUUACCAGAGGAUCUUGACCAGUCUUGCUGAAGUGGCUACCACCAAUGGGCACAAGCUUCUCAGCCUGUCCAGCAGUUAUGAAGCUCAGAUGAAGAGUCUGCUGAGAAUUGUUCGUAUUUUCUGCCAUGUGUUCCGUCUGGGGCCUUCAUCACCGAACAGUGGCAACGACAUGGGUUACAAUGGCAACAAGACACCACGCAGCCAGGUUUUUAAGCCUCUGGAACUACUAUGGCACUCCCUGGAUGAGUGGCUGGUGCUCAUCUCUACAGAGCUGGAAAGGAGUAGCAAGAACCCAUCUUCCUCCUCCAGCAGCGAGAUAGCCUCUCUGUUUCUGAAACAACGCGAGUCUGAGCAUCCUGGUGCCACACCAAAACUUCCCUCCUUGCUGGACCGUCAUGUUGUCAUGGACGCAGAGAUGUAUGCUGAUGGGGAGGAUGUCAUCUCCAUGACAGCCAAUCGGCUCAGUGCUGUAAUCCAGGGUUUCUAUAUGUGCUGCUCCUGUCAGAUGCCCCAGGGAAUGACAUCCCCUCGUUUCAUUGAGUUUGUCUGCAAGCAUGACGACGUGCUCAAGUGUUUUGUAACCAGAAAUCCAAAGAUCAUCUUCAACCACUUCCACUUUCUGCUUGAAUGUCCAGAGUUGAUGUCGCGUUUCAUGCAUAUCAUUAAGGGCCAGCCCUUCAAGGAUCGCUCAGAGUGGUUCUACGAGCACCUGCUGGCCGGUCAGCCGGAUUCUGACAUGGUUCAUCGUCCAGUCAAUGAGAAUGAUGUCCUGCUAAUCCACAGAGACUCCAUAUUUAGGAGUAGCUGUGAGAUGGUUUCCAAGUCCACCAAUGAGAAACUCAAACAGGGUAUUGCCGUUCGCUUCCAUGGCGAGGAGGGUAUGGGCCAGGGUGUGGUUCGGGAGUGGUUUGACAUUCUAUCCAAUGAGAUCAUCAACCCAGACUACGCCCUGUUCACUCAGUCAGCUGAUGGUACAACAUUUCAGCCCAACAGCAACUCCUCAGUGAACCCAGACCAUCUGAACUACUUCCGAUUUGCAGGUCAGAUUCUGGGUCUGGCUCUGUACCACCGGCACCUGGUCAACAUCUACUUCACCCGCUCAUUCUACAAACACAUACUGGGUAUCCCAGUGAACUACCAGGAUGUGUCAUCCAUCGAUCCAGAGUAUGCGAAGAAUUUGCAGUGGAUCUUGGACAAUGACAUCAGCGAUCUGGGUCUGGAGCUCACCUUCUCUGUAGAAACAGAUGUGUUUGGGGCAAUGGAGGAAGUGCCAUUAAAACCUGGAGGGAUCAGUAUCCUGGUCACCCAGGACAACAAGGCCGAGUACGUCCAGUUGGUGACAGAGCUGAGGAUGACGCGAGCCAUCCAGCCUCAGAUCAACGCAUUCCUGCAGGGGUUCCACACCUUCAUCCCCGCCUCGCUCAUUCAGCUCUUUGAUGAAUAUGAACUGGAGCUCCUGCUAUCAGGGAUGCCAGAGAUCGAUGUGCAGGACUGGUGCAGGAACACAGAGUAUACCAGUGGAUACGACCCUCGGGAGCCAGUCAUCCAGUGGUUCUGGGAUGUGGUGACGAGCCUGACCCAGGAGGAGAGGGUUCUUCUGCUUCAGUUUGUCACUGGAAGUUCCAGGGUUCCUCAUGGUGGAUUUGCCUACCUGAUGGGUGGGAGUGGUUUACAGAAAUUCACCAUUGCUGCAGUACCCUACACCUCCAACCUACUGCCUACCUCCAGUACCUGUAUCAACAUGCUGAAACUCCCAGAAUACCCGAGCAAGGAGGUCCUGAGGGAUCGGCUGCUGGUGGCUUUGCACUGUGGGAGUUACGGGUAUACGAUGGCGUGAACAUCCUGUCAGUGUUCUGAGGUGUAUGCAGAUUUGAGCAUCUCCAACCUCCUCCUCCUCCUCCUCCUCCUCCUCCGCCUGCUCCACAGACAACCAUUUUGUAGUCAGGGGCUGCUUUUUAUUCAUGAUCUGCUGGAGAAGUGACAGCGACUGAGCAGAGACACAGAUCUGCACUCACACCUAUCCCACAAUUUCAUUGUUGUGAUAGAAGCUGUUUUUGUGAUUUAUGCAAAUAAUGUCUUUGAAUUGGACUGUUUUUCAUGCAGAUAUUUAUUUAGGAAUAAGACAGCAUUUAUAAAAUACAUUUUCUACCUAAAACACAGAUGAACACAUCCUAAAAGUCACACGUUGAGAUUUCCAUAUGGAACUGAUUGAAACUCCAUUAUAAACAUAUCACGUGAAUAAGGUAAAGGUGCAAUAUAUGAAAUCUGCAUGUUGUUUCUGCUCUGCCUCUCACCGUUACUUAUAUCCUUAUUAUAAUAAUCUUUAUUGUUUGGGCCAUUUUCUGUAACUGCUCUCUGAACAUCAGCAGUUAAACAUGCCAGAGCAGUAAUGA